AUGCCCAAGGAUGAGCGCGAGCGUCAAAUCCUCGACAAGCUCACUGCCAUUCAGGACAAGCUUCUGCUCCUGAAAAGGGAUCGAACACAAUACAUUAGAAGCCAGGAUGUGAUGGUGCUGCACGACCAACUGGUGGAACAGGUUAGGCAACUGAACGAGAUUCGCAAGGGGGAGCACAAGGGAGAAAACCGAUUGGACAAGGUUCUUGAGAGCUGCCUUCAGCUUAUCUCAUUGUUCUUCAUGACGAUCGGGCGGACGAGCGAGGUGCCAGCAGCUUAUGCGCUCACAUCGACCAUCAAGCGGCUGCUUGACCACCUGACCGAAGCAAGGCUCUUCUCGGCCAAGGACCUCACUAGCAUAUCCAACACUCUCGACAGGUUGGAGGGCAUUCUAGCGAAUGACGAACCGCAUCAUUCCCCGUAUCUCGCCGAGCUCUUGGCACACCGUUGCGCACGAUGCAAAUCGACGCUGGCCAAGCUGCGGGAGCAGCUUGAUCAGCUGGAUGAGCCAGUCCAGGUCGUAUGGGAGCGACUGAUUUCGAUCCUGCGGUCGAUGUCGCUCGCAAAUACGAAGUCGAAGUUCUCAACGACGGAGGUCCUGAAGCUCAAGGCGAAGUUGAGGGAAAUCGAGGAAUCAAUGGUAGAUGGCAAGUUUCUGGGCGAGGACGGCCAGGAGCUCCGGGGAAGCGAGGCGGUGGCUGAACUGCUUCGCCGGUGUUUGGCGUGGUCGGACAUCGUCCUUGAGCGGAAGGGAGUGAUCCCGGACGCUUUCAAAGACAAGUACAACAUUCUCAUCAAUAUCCGCAACGACCUCGAAAAACUCUCCAUCACGCAGGCUUGGUCGUUGCGCGAGACGGAUCUCUACGAUUUCCAGCGGCAGCUCGACAAGAUUGAUGAGGCGCGGGUCGACGGCAACUGGCUGGACCAGGACGGCAACCCGGCCGAGCUCUACGUUCAGCGCACGCUGUUGUACCUCAUCCGGCGCAGCUACGGCUACAUCUACCAUCUCAUGAACUCGUCCGAGCCCGUGUCGGAGGCGCUGCUGCCCAUCUACAACCAGCUACAGACGCUGAAGCGAUGCUUGAUCGAGGUCAAGAAUUCGGGGGGCGUGAGCUCUGUGAGGGAGUUGUAUCCGUACAGCAUGAAGUUGAACUCGAUCGACAACAUGAGGGUAGAUGGCAAAUUCAUGGUUGGCGAUGACAUCCCUGAGGGUCAGGGGAGCGUCAGCGAGUUGCUUGCCGAGUGUUUUGAGCUCAACUACGAGCUAAGAGUGGCCGCCGAGGAGGCCGCCGAGAGGCGCGAAGACGAAGAAAGUCAGUCCUCUGCUCCGCAAACGACUGCCUCAUAA